CAACUCCCCCCCUUGCUCUGUUUUUCAGUGAGGAAAAAACACAAACAGACAUGGAUCAUGUUCGUAAGAAAAACAGCAACAAAUCAGCAAAACAAAUUUCGUUUUCAAUUGAUACCCAUGAACUAGAUCAUCAUAAUGAACAUGGGUUUCUGAAGAAUACUACUCAUCAUGAUCAUGAUGAUGUUGUUGAUGAAUUAGUACCAUUACCAGUGUACAUAGUGAAUGGAGUUUUCUUCACACUGUUUUUCUCUGUAGCCUAUUUUCUACUUCGCAGAUGGAGAGAGAAAAUCCGUAACUCUACACCACUCCACGUAGUGACUUUCUCAGAAAUUGCAGCUAUAAUUUCUCUCCUAGCUUCAAUCAUCUAUUUACUCGGUUUCUUCGGCAUAGAUUUCGUUCAAUCAUUCAUAACCCGAUCGUCAAGUUAUGAUCUCCUCCUCGAAGAUGAUAUCGAAGAAGAAGAAGAAGAAGAAGAAGAAGAAGAAGACAAUCAGAAUCACAAACUUUGCGAUAGUAUUGUUUCAUGCUCGCCGCAGCCACCACAACCUAGCAAGAUGAUGAUCGAUUCAUCUUCUUCAUUGAUUACAAUUUGUGAUGAAAAAGAUGAAGAGAUUAUCAAAUCGGUUGUGGAUGGUGAAACGCCAUCGUAUUCAUUGGAAACAAAACUUGGUGAUUGUAAAAGAGCUGCUUCAAUUAGACGUGAAGCAUUACAGAGAAUGACAGGAAGAUCUUUAAAUGGUUUGCCAUUAGAUGGUUUUGAUUAUGAGUCUAUUCUAGGUCAAUGUUGUGAAAUGCCUGUUGGUUUUAUUCAAAUUCCUGUUGGUAUUGCUGGUCCAUUAUUGCUUAAUGGUGUUGAAUAUUCUGUUCCAAUGGCUACAACUGAAGGUUGCUUGGUUGCUAGUACUAACAGAGGUUGCAAAGCCAUUUUUGCUUCAGGUGGAGCUACCAGUAUUUUGUUGAAAGAUGGUAUGACCAGAGCUCCUGUUGUGAGAUUUGGAACAGCAAAAAGGGCUGCUGAAUUGAAAUUUUACAUGGAAGAUCCAGUCAAUUUUGAUACCUUGGCUUGCAUGUUUAACAAAUCUAGUAGAUUUGGAAGACUACAAGGUGUGCAAUGUGCAAUUGCAGGCAAGAAUCUUUACAUGAGAUUUAGAUGCAGUACUGGAGAUGCAAUGGGUAUGAAUAUGGUGUCGAAAGGUGUACAAAAUGUUCUGGAUUAUCUUCAAAACGAUUUUCCUGACAUGGAUGUCAUCGGCAUCUCCGGAAACUUUUGUUCAGACAAAAAACCAGCUGCAGUCAACUGGAUUGAAGGGAGAGGAAAAUCUGUUGUUUGUGAAGCAAUUAUCAAGGAUGAGGUAGUAAGAAAAGUACUAAAGACAACUGUUGCUUCAUUGGUUGAGCUGAACAUGCUCAAGAACCUUACUGGAUCAGCCAUAGCUGGUGCUCUUGGUGGCUUCAAUGCUCAUGCAAGCAAUAUUGUCUCUGCUGUUUUCUUAGCCACUGGUCAAGAUCCAGCACAAAACAUUGAAAGUUCUCACUGUAUUACCAUGAUGGAAGCUGUCAAUGAUGGAAAAGAUCUUCACAUCUCUGUUACUAUGCCUUCCAUUGAGGUUGGUACAGUUGGUGGUGGAACUCAACUUGCUUCUCAAUCAGCUUGUUUAAAUCUUCUUGGAGUUAAGGGUGCAAACAAAGAAUCACCUGGAGCAAAUGCAAGACUUUUAGCUAAAAUCAUAGCUGGUUCAGUACUUGCAGGUGAACUUUCUCUCAUGUCAGCCAUUUCAGCUGGACAGCUUGUUAAGAGUCAUAUGAAAUACAAUAGGUCAAGCAAAGAUGUCUCGAGUAUUGUUGCUUCUUCCUAAGGAAGAAUUGACAAUAGAACCCAAGUUGACAAAACCCUCAAAAAACCAAAAACAAUACUCCCAAAGAAGUAGAAAGUUUUUUAAUUUUUUUGGAAAGGAAAGAAGGAACUCAAUAAAAGUUUGAAGGAGGGUAUGAUUGAUAAUGUGAAUCAAAGGGAUUCUGAACCAAGCAAAAGUUGGCGAUGGAUGAAUACCCAAGUGAUGCUUGUUUGUUAAUUCUAAUUAGUUGUGAUCAGAAAAUCAUUCAAAGGGUUAAGAGAGAGGAAAAGUUCAAUUGCUUGGAAUCUUCGUCGCGAUUUUUUUCUAAUGUUUGGUCCCUAAUUGUGUACCAAGCCCUAAUGGGACUUCGUUUUGCUGAUCAGUUCUUACUGUUGUCGUUAGUUGUUGUCAUUAGUUUGUAUUUAGAAUGUAAAGAAACAUGCUGAAAUGAGUACAAAAGUUCUAAGUUUGUUUUGCGCAGUCUA